UCAUGUACUAAUUUUAAUCAAAAAAAUUGUAAAAUUAUUCUGUUUAUAUACCGUCUACAUAAAAUUUUAAAUCCUUCACUUUAUUGAAGAAACAGGCAUAUCAUUUCAAGUUAUUUCCUCCAUUUCUAUUUUCAUUCUUUUAUUCGAAGAUAGUGAAGAUCUUUUUAAUAUGCUAUGCAUAAUUAUUUUUAACUAACGUAUCCGAAAGCUACAAAACUCGUGCGUGCAGGGUAUCAUUUUAGAACUAUAUUUUGACCUCUGAAGACAUAUCUGUCCGAAAUCGGAACUCCUGCAACUUUAUCGAGCUUCUUGUGUGAACUAUUUAUUUAAACUUUGUUCCAUUAUGGCUACAUGUAGCAAUGAUUGGAAAAGUCUUUCUGAAGACCCAGUAUCAAAUGAAACUACCACAGAACAGCCAAAGUCGUGUCUGAAGCAUGCAUUUCGUAAAAGUAAACUGGAAGUAAAAGAGAAAGAAGAUGGAUCUUGGUGUCAAACUGUUUUCUGUGGUAAAAGAAGAAGCAAAAGAAUCACGUCUGAAAUGGUGGAAAGUACUCGCAGCCUAGAAGUACAAAACUCGGAAUGUGCUAAGAUUAUAGAAGAGCUAAACAAUUGUCUCGCUGUCUUUCGAGACCAUCUUGUCCAUAUAGCGAAGCCGCAGGAUUGUCCUGAAAUCCGGGAUCGUAUUCGAGAAACCAGACGAAAGUGCCUGGAUUUGUGCAUCUCAGCUCACGAAAUCAUCAUGCCUCAGAUCAGAAGUGAUGUUUCCGAAGGUAUACCUGUCGACAGUCAACAGCUGGUAAAUUUGGUAUGUUGCACCCAAUUGUUUCUCAGAGAACUCAAAAAAUGUCACAACUUGGUUCAAGCCAAUCCUAUGGAUAUGACAGCUUACUAUGAAAAGAGGCCUCGAUCAUCAGGUGUUUCUGUUUUGGAUAAGUUGGUCCUUUUCAAAAUGCCACCAAGAGAUUAUCACAAAGAAGAACUACAAAGCAUUUUCAGAGACACAGAACAAACGGUUGCUUUACUGAGGGAAAUGAAAGAAUUUAUGCCUUGUGAAAGCAAUGAUAAGCUACUUUUGGACGAAAGUUUCCUCAGAUGGAACAAAAGGACAAGGAAAAGCGUUUGCAAAUUCGCGGAAGAUUGGAUGUGCUACUGUGGAACUAAUUUAGCAUAGCAAAUGUUUAGAUACAUACUUCCCCAAAUUGAUAUAAUUUUUAAUAAAAAAGUGAAGUAGUUCAGGUUUUAUACCCUUUCACAUUUUAUGUCAGAUUUACAAGCACAAUCGUGAUCAUGUUUACGGCACUCUGUAUAUUUUA